AUGGUGUCCAUUGCUCCAUCUGAUUCAACUGAUCCAGCUAAUCCUGUUCUAACCAACUACAAGAAUUUGUACAAAGACAACAAAGAACAUAUUGACUGGGUUGACUACCAGUUUUAUGAUCAGACUGUGUCCACAACUCAUGCUUUUGUAAAUCUCUAUAGAAGCCUUUCUGAUUUCUUCAGUGUUAAAAAACUCUUGGCAGGGUAUAGCACUGAUCCUGACGAUGCCGGUAAAAUAUCACAGAAGGUCUUCUUUGAGGGUUGCGAAAUUCUCCUUCGAAGUGAUUCACUCCCUGGCAUAUUUGUUUGGGAUGCUAAUGACUCCAAGGUCCUUGAAGAACCUUACUACGUUGAGAUAAAGGCACAGCAACUCCUCACCAAAUCUGAGGAUUGA